AACAUCCGGAAAGACCCUCGUUGCCCUUGUGAUCGUCCGAACGUGGAUUAACUGCACAGGACCUGCUCUGCAUUUCUGGAAUAAAAAGCUGGAAAACCAGGAACAUGACUUCUUCUUUACCCUUCUUAGACAGCAGCGACCCACGUCUAAAACUCACAGUGGAAAACAGAAUGAGGAAUAUUUUUGUGACACAGUCAGAGGACACCAGACACAGAGUGGAGGAAAAUGUCAAUCACAUACCUGUUGUAACAGAGGCCUCUGGCAGAGUCCUUGAGGCAGGAGUGAACACUUUACAAAAGACCCUGGUUCUGAAAAAACAGGCAGAGCUGGACGAGGUGGACAGACACCUGGCACUCAAACGGCAAGAGUUUAAGAGUCGUGUGGAGGCUCUAGCACAGAGAAGGUCUGAACUGGAAAUCAAACAACAGCAGACUAAAGAAAGGGUGAUGAAAUUUGAGAAGUUUGUGGCUGAAAAUGACGUGAAGCAGCAACAAGCUCUGAAGAAAUAUGAGGUUGCCCUGGAGCAGAAUAACUCAAAGCAGAGAGAUAUAGAAAAUUUAACACAACAACUCAAACAACUUCGAGCCAGACAGCAGGUUUUAAAGGACAGAAUGAACAAAUACAAAAUCUACGAGGACUAUCUGGUGAAAACUCUCGACUAUCUCCCCCGUAAUAACCUCGAUAAUGAGUCAGAGACCAUAGUUAUGCCUAUCAUUCGGCGCCAUGAGACGCUGUCCAUCACCCACCAGGAUCUGCUGCAGCGUUUGGAACAUCUGGAGGUGGAGGUGGAAGAAAACCAGCAGCAACUGCAGACCAUGAAGCAAGAGCACAGCAUAAAGAAACUGAUGGCCAACAAGGAAAUGUCUGAACUCCAAAGUGAGUUAGAAAGCCUCAAAGAGAAGAACAAGCAGACAGAGGUGAACCUGCUGAUGGAACAGGCCCAGUCCAGAGAGAAGGUGACAGAAGUGGGAACCAUUCUCAUGGCGAUCAACAACCUGGCAGAGCAGUGUUAUCUACCAGAAUAUGGACCUCUGGAGAACAUGAAUGUUUUAACAAUGAUGGCCAUGGUUAAGGAGUACAUCUUGGACAAGGCAGACACAGAGAGGCGAGCUCGGAGAUUGAUGGAGUCUGGAUCCGCCAUGACAAGUAAAACGGCUUUGACGGACAAAGAGGGAGGGGGUCGAUGAAACAUAUCAGCAGCAAAACACAACUUAAAAGUUCAAGUAAAGUCAGUAGGAAGAGUGAUACAUUCAGUUGAUGUCGACAUUAAUAUAGACAUUUUUAUUAGUUUAUAACAAUGUUUGGUCUAUUAUGUUUCAUUUCAGUGGUUUUUUAUGUUUUAUAUAUACUUGACAUGAUUUGCAUGUUGUUGUAACAGCAAUUUAAAAUACUGUUCAUUGUAUUUUGCACUGAGAUCUUGCACUGUGUCAAUAACGAAAGGAGCACAACAAGUUUAAAUUGUGAUAAUCAUUAUAAUCACAUUUAUUAGAGCAUCAGAAGUGUGUAAAUCUCUUGUAUGUAAUCAUUUUUGCUUUUUAAAA